UAUACCAAGGCCGUUCAGUGUCCUCGAGCCGGCCUUAAACUCGCUGCCCAGCCGGGUUACGCGUCAAGUCAGUCCUUAAGAGUCUGAAUAUUGGAGCAGCAGCAACAUGGCAACCGAGACACUGCCCUGCAGCAAGAUACCGACGGUAGAGCUGGGUGAGCUGGGCGCGCAGCACACGAGGGAGCCCAGCCAGCAGGAGUGGGAGCGGGUGUCGAGCCAGCUGGAGCAGGCCCUGAGCGAGAACGGAUAUGCUUACCUCACCCAACACGGCAUGCCCGACGAUGUGGUCAAUAGCGCGCUGUCCGCAGGCGCCGACUUCUUCCAGCUGGGGGAGGAGGAAAAAAGGAGCUGGUCUACGGGCGAAGGCUUUACUGGAUACCUUAAGAAUGACGAGGAAAACUACACUAGCGGAAGUCAUGACCAGAAGGAGACCUUCCUCUUUAGGCCGGGGGAUUACAGUUCGCUGAAGAAGGAGCCACCUCCGUUCAAGACAGCGCUGACGCCCUUCUAUAACCUUAUCCAGACCCUGAAUACGAGACUCAUGACGAGCCUCUCUCUAACUUUGGGUAAGGGACAAGAGUUGGGGAAGCGUGUUCUCGUAUGUUCCACCCGCAGACUUAAGCUGACACUUUUAACUUAUCGCCGAUUGACCUAAUAUAAGACUGUCCACAGGCUGUCCUGAAGACAACACAGACUCUAGAUUAUCUCUCUAAAAAGUGUCAUAUAUGAGAUCCGGGGCAUAGCAUGAGCCAAGCAAAAUGGCGCCACCAUAAACACUUC